CGCCAGUCGGCGCCGCCCGGAGCCGGGAGCGCGGCCGGAGCGAGGCGCGGGCUGUGGGGCCGCCGCGUGCCCGGCCCCGCUCGCCCGUGCCUGCCGCCCGCCCGCCCGCCCGCCAUGCCCGGCUUCGACUACAAGUUCCUGGAGAAGCCCAAGCGGCGGCUGCUGUGCCCGCUGUGCGGGAAGCCCAUGCGCGAGCCUGUGCAGGUUUCUACCUGCGGCCACCGCUUCUGCGACACCUGCCUGCAGGAGUUCCUCAGUGAAGGAGUCUUCAAAUGCCCUGAGGACCAACUUCCUUUGGAUUAUGCCAAGAUCUACCCAGACCCAGAGCUGGAGGUGCAGGUGUUGGGGCUGCCUAUCCGCUGCAUCCACAGUGAGGAGGGCUGCCGCUGGAGUGGGCCGCUGCGCCACCUACAGAGCCACCUGAACACCUGCAGCUUCAAUGUAAUCCCCUGCCCCAAUCGCUGCCCCACCAAGCUGAGCCGCCGGGACCUGCCUGCACACUUGCAGCACGACUGCCCCAAGCGGCGCCUCAAGUGCGAGUUUUGUGGCUGCGACUUCAGCGGGGAGGCCUUUGAGAGCCACGAGGGCGUAUGCCCCCAAGAGAGCGUGUACUGCGAGAACAAGUGUGGUGCCCGCAUGAUGCGGCGCCUGCUGGCCCAGCAUGCCUCCUCUGAGUGCCCCAAGCGUACCCAGCCUUGCACCUACUGCGCCAAGGAGUUCGUCUUUGACACCAUCCAGAGCCACCAGUACCAGUGCCCAAGGUUGCCCGUGCCCUGCCCCAACCAGUGUGGUGUGGGCACGGUGGCUCGGGAGGACCUGCCGGGCCACCUGAAGGAGAGCUGUAGCACCGCCCUGGUGCUGUGCCCGUUCAAAGACUCCGGCUGCAAACACAGGGUGAGAUGCCCCUCCUCUUCCCUGUCUGUCCCCUUCUUAGUCCUUGAAGCCUCAGAUGUAGACCAGGCCCUCUCUGGUCCCUGCCUUGCUGCUCUGAAGCCUUCGGUCCUUCCUUCUGCUGGCCGGCAGCGGCCUCCCAAGUGUCCUCUACCGUCCCCGGCCAGAGCUGGGUGCCUGCAGCCCCAUCGCCGCUCCCCUCUGUCCCCUGUCUCCCCUGGGCAUGUCCCUACUGAUAACUGUUCUCCCUUCCCCCAUGGCCCGGGGCUUUGCCAACAGUGCCCCAAGCUGGCGAUGGCCCGGCACGUGGAGGAGAGCGUGAAGCCGCACCUGGCCAUGAUGUGCGCCCUGGUGAGCCGGCAGCGGCAGGAGCUGCAGGAGCUGCGGCGAGAGCUGGAGGAGCUGUCGGUGGGCAGUGACGGCGUGCUCAUCUGGAAGAUCGGCAGCUAUGGACGGCGGCUUCAGGAGGCCAAGGCUAAGCCCAACCUGGAGUGCUUCAGCCCGGCCUUCUACACACACAAGUAUGGCUACAAGUUGCAGGUGUCUGCGUUCCUCAAUGGCAAUGGCAGCGGUGAGGGCACGCACCUCUCGCUCUACAUUCGCGUGCUGCCAGGUGCCUUUGACAAUCUCCUCGAGUGGCCGUUUGCCCGCCGCGUCACCUUCUCCCUGCUGGAUCAGAGCGACCCCGGGCUGGCUAAGCCACAGCAUGUCACUGAGACCUUUCACCCUGACCCAAACUGGAAGAAUUUCCAAAAACCGGGCACUUGGCGGGGCUCCCUGGAUGAGAGUUCUCUGGGCUUUGGUUACCCCAAGUUCAUCUCCCACCAGGAUAUCCGCAAGCGAAACUACGUGCGGGAUGAUGCGGUCUUCAUCCGUGCCUCUGUUGAAUUGCCCCGAAAGAUCCUCAGCUGAGUGCAGGCGGGGCUCCAGGAGAAAGGGGGGUGGAGCAUGACCUCAGCCAGGAACUGGCUGAACCUGGAGAAGGGGCCGGACCCCCUUUCAGCUGCUUCUGCUGCCCAGGUUCUGUUCCCCCUCUCCUCUUCCUUACCACCCUCAGGUGCCUCCUAUUGGUGCUUCAGCCCUGGCCCCUGGGGGGAGCAGGUCUUGGGGUCAUCAAGGGCUUGGAAAAAGUGAUCCCAGGGCCUGUCUCCUCUCCUGGGCAGGGAAGACAUGCCUUGGUGCCGGCCACACUCUACCCAGGACUGAGGCGCCUGCUGGUGCUAUGUCCCAAGAGCCAUAGUGGGGGGUGGGAGUGGGGAUGUGAGGGGUAGUUCAAAGAAUCUGUCUUGAGAUCUGAUUUCUCUUCCCCUUUCCCCAGCUGUGCCUCCUCUGGUUAUUUAUUUACUUAGUGCCAGGAGGGCACGGCAGGGGAGCCCUGGUUUUUAAUAAAUCCUGAAUUGUAUUUAUUAA